GUAUGCUAAUUAACAUCCCUGGCCCGUCCCAGCUCCAAGUGAUCACGGAACCUUCUCCCAUCUUCUCUUCUCCUCUGUCUACCCCCACCCCCGAUUCCUCCUCGGGGAAGGGCGAGAUGGGCGCCGAGGCUGAGAUAGAGCGGCUGCCGGUGGACCUCCUCGCCCACAUCUUCUCCCUCCUCUCCUCCUUCCGGGACCUCGCACAGGCGAGCGGGGUGUGCUGGAAGUGGCGGCGAGGGGUGGAGCAGUCUUUGGCCAGCAGGGAGCGGCUGAGCUUCUCCGGGUGGAAGAUGGACGACGCCUCCACCGCCCGCCUCGUCUGCGCCGCCUACAACCUCAAGGAGCUCGACAUCUCUCGGAGUUGCUGGGGUUGCCAGAUCACUGAUGAAGGACUGUAUAAGAUCUCUUCGGCGAAGUGUGUCCGCAAUCUGACAUCUAUAUCCUUGUGGGGUAUGGCUGGCAUCACUGAUGAAGGCGUCAUUCACCUGGUUUCAAGAGCUAUGUCUUUACAAAACCUGAAUAUCGGCGGUACAUUUAUUACUGAUGAAUCCUUAUAUGCAAUUGCAGAUAGUUGUCCACGAUUGAAAGCUAUCAGCCUCUGGAGCUGUCGCCAUGCGACCGAGAGCGGCCUCAUCAUGCUCGUAAGCAAAUGCCGAAGACUGGAGUCCAUCAAUGUCUGGGGGAUGAGGGUCCCUGCGGACUGUUUCAUCAGCUUGCUCCACAUCAGCCCUGCUCUGCAGAUAAAACCCAUCUCACCUCAUCUGAAUAUUUGAAAUAGGUGGCCGGAAAACGAAGGCUUUACGGUCAUUGGUGCAUCUUGUCGGCACAUUAAAGUGCUCAUGGUAAGACGUCAGCAGCAGCGCAGUCGAGGCAACCACCCAAAAAAUAAAGUUUCAGAGCUUGUGGAUCCAAAGAAAAAUUCAACAUAUAUUCAUUUGUUGGAGACUAAUAUUACCAAUCUCCUGGAAUUCAAAUUUGCUGCUAACCAUGAGCACGAUUAACACCGGCAGUAAUAAAUCUCUCUUCUCUUUUCUUCUUC